AACCCUACACGAGAAGGUUAAACAACUACAAAUUGCUGGCUGGUUGCUGCUUCUAGACUCUUCUCAUUUCCUUUCUCUUUCUGGGUUUUUCUCCCUUUAAAAACACAACCCCCAAGCUCUCCCAUUGUCUUGACGUCCCAAUACUCUCUUUAUCACUUUCUAAAGCCUUCUUCUCUUCCUUUGUUUUCUUUCCCCAGAGAAACCAUGUAUCGUUUCGCUUCAAGCCUCGCUUCCAAGGCUAGGAUUGCUAGGAAUACUACACAUCAGAUUGGGAGUAGAUUGAGUUGGAAUAGGAACUAUGCUGCAAAAGAUAUAAAAUUUGGGGUAGAAGCUCGAGCUUUGAUGCUUAAAGGCGUUGAAGAACUUGCUGAUGCUGUUAAAGUCACCAUGGGUCCUAAGGGACGAAAUGUGGUUAUUGAACAAAGCUAUGGUGCUCCAAAAGUGACAAAAGAUGGUGUGACUGUUGCAAAGAGCAUUGAUUUCAAGGAUAAAAUCAAGAAUGUUGGUGCUAGCCUUGUGAAACAAGUUGCAAAUGCCACCAAUGAUGUAGCUGGUGAUGGGACUACAUGUGCAACAGUGCUUACACGAGCAAUAUUUGCAGAAGGAUGCAAGUCAGUUGCUGCUGGAAUGAAUGCAAUGGAUCUAAGACGUGGCAUAACAAUGGCAGUUGAUGAUGUUGUAACCAACUUGAAAAGCCGGGCACGGAUGAUUAGCACAUCUGAAGAAAUAGCUCAGGUUGGAACAAUUUCAGCUAAUGGAGAGAGGGAAAUUGGUGAGUUAAUAGCAAAAGCCAUGGAGAAGGUUGGCAAAGAGGGGGUGAUCACAAUUCAAGAUGGGAAAACAUUAUUUAAUGAGUUGGAAGUUGUUGAGGGCAUGAAGCUUGACAGGGGCUACAUAUCCCCAUAUUUCAUCACCAACACGAAAAACCAAAAAUGUGAAUUAGAUGAUCCUCUUAUUUUGAUCCAUGAGAAGAAAAUAUCUAGCUUAAAUGCUGUGGUGAAAGUACUAGAGUUAGCUUUGAAGAGACAAAGGCCAUUGUUGAUUGUAGCUGAAGAUGUAGAGAGUGAAGCACUUGCGACCCUCAUUCUUAACAAGCUUCGUGCUGGAAUCAAGGUUUGAUUUUUAAAGUAUG